AUGAAGAUCACCGCUCUCGCCAUCAUUGCGCUAGCCACCGUAAAGCCAACUGCACCUAUUGCCGGACGCACUUGUCUUGCCGCCCCGACCAAGCAACAAUCCUCUUCUCCUGUGGAGGCUGCUGCUGCAGCUGCCAACACGGAGCAUGAUGUCGACGAUGACAGCAAGAAGGCCCAAGGAGUGGUGGGGACGACCGGGAUGGGGGCAUCGCUGGGGAGGCUAUGGAUGUGGGGCGUCCUGGGGGUGGGUACGGUGGUGGCUGGGAGUGGAUACGGUGGCGGCUGGGGAUGGUAG